CUCUAUAGUUUAGCCUUCAAUGCCAGGUUUCUGAGACACCUGUGGUUUCUGAUAUCUUCCAUGACAACGCGCAUGAUCACCGGGUCCAUGGUCCCACUGCUCCAGGUGAUAUCAAGGGGCUCGCCUAUGUCUUUUGAGGAUUCAAGUCGAAUCAUCCCACUCUUUUACCUUUUUAGCUCCUUGUUUAGUCAUUCGCUAAUUUCCAUACAUGAUAAUGAGUUCUUCGGUGAUCCCAUAGAAGUCGCAGGUCAAAGACAGUCGUCGAUGAUGCCUUUCACUUUAGAGGAGCUGGUGAUGCUGUCUCGGUGCCUCCGGGACGCCUGCCUGGGGAUCAUCAAGCUGGCCCACCCGGAGACGAAGCCAGAGGUGCGGGAGGAGUACGUCACAGCGUUCCAGAGUGUCGGAGUCACCACCAGCUCCGAAAUGCAGCAGUGUAUCCAGAUGGAGCAGAAACGGUGGAUUCAGCUAUUUAAGGUUAUCACCAACCUAGUGAAAAUGUUGAAGUCCAGAGACACAAGGAGAAAUUUUUGUCCUCCAAAUCACUGGCUGUCAGAACAAGAAGAUAUUAAAGCAGAUAAGGUCACUCAGCUCUACGUGCCAGCGUCCAGACACGUGUGGAGGUUCCGGCGCAUGGGGAGGAUAGGCCCACUGCAGUCCACCCUGGAUGUGGGUUUGGAGUCCCCGCCGCUGUCUGUGUCUGAGGAAAGACAACUCGCCAUCCUGACAGAACUGCCUUUUGUGGUUCCAUUUGAGGAACGAGUGAAGAUCUUUCAAAAGUUGAUUUAUGCAGAUAAGCAAGAAGUUCAAGGAGAUGGUCCAUUUCUGGAUGGAAUUAAUGUCACAAUAAGAAGAAAUUAUAUUUAUGAAGAUGCUUAUGACAAACUUUCCCCAGAAAAUGAGCCUGAUUUGAAAAAGCGGAUCCGUGUGCACCUGCUCAAUGCCCAUGGCCUGGAUGAAGCUGGCAUUGAUGGUGGUGGUAUUUUCAGAGAAUUUUUAAAUGAACUACUGAAAUCAGGAUUUAACCCCAACCAGGGUUUCUUUAAGACUACUAAUGAAGGGCUUCUGUACCCCAACCCGGCUGCUCAGAUGCUUGUGGGAGAUUCUUUUGCCAGACAUUACUACUUCCUAGGCAGAAUGCUUGGAAAGGCUCUCUAUGAAAACAUGCUGGUGGAACUGCCCUUCGCGGGCUUUUUCCUUUCCAAGUUGCUGGGGACCAGCGCGGACGUGGACAUCCACCACCUGGCCUCCCUGGAUCCCGAAGUCUACAAGAAUCUGCUGUUCCUCAAGAGCUAUGAAGAUGACGUGGAGGAUCUGGGGCUGAACUUCACUGUGGUGAACAAUGACCUGGGCGAGGCACAGGUGGUUGAACUAAAAUUUGGCGGGAAAGACAUCCCUGUCACCAGUGCCAACCGGAUUGCGUACAUCCACCUCGUGGCUGACUACAGGCUGAACAAGCAGAUCCGCCAGCACUGCCUGGCUUUCAGACAGGGCCUGGCCAACGUCGUCAACCUCGAGUGGCUCCGAAUGUUUGAUCAGCAAGAAAUUCAGGUACUCAUUUCUGGUGCACAAGUUCCUAUCAGUCUGGAGGACCUAAAGUCCUUUACAAACUAUUCAGGAGGUUACUCUGCUGAUCAUCCUGUCAUUAAGAUCUUCUGGAGAGUUGUAGAUGGUUUCACUGAUGAGGAAAAGCGCAAAUUGCUCAAGUUCGUAACAAGCUGCUCUCGACCGCCUCUCUUGGGGUUUAAGGAGCUGUACCCUGCGUUCUGCAUCCACAACGGCGGCUCUGACCUCGAGCGGCUCCCCACAGCCAGCACCUGCAUGAACCUGCUGAAGCUCCCCGAGUUCUACGACGAGACGCUUCUGCGAAGCAAACUUCUGUAUGCUAUCGAGUGUGCUGCUGGCUUCGAGCUGAGCUGAGCUGCAGCUGAGCUGGGAUCUGACCCUCUGCAGAGAAGCCCGUGCCGCCCCCGCCAGCGCGCCCGCCAGACCCGCGAGGACGCACGGGCUGCACGCCCGCGGCUCUCCCGAGCGCCUUCCCGGCAUUCCUCCCUCUGUUCUUUAAAUGAUUUUUAUUACAGUGUGGUCACUUAUUCAGAUGGACAUUGCUUUUCCAAUAACUUAAAAUAAUAAAUGUUAUGUGCCAUGUGGCUAAUUUAGUAGUUUUGCCAAGAAGAGCACAGUUUUUAGACUAGUGGCAACUCAGUGAAAUAACCAAAGAUGAAGCUUUGGCUUUGCGGGUGAGAUCGGCGCCGCCCGGGCCGCGCGGGCGGCAGAGACACAGGGUCGGGCUGAGAUGGCGACGGCCAGGGGCCGCUGCGUCUCCUGGGGUUGGAUUGUUUACAAGCCUGAUUGUUAAAACUAAAGGCAUUUCUUUUUUCUGCUGCCUUUUCCCAAAGUGGUAGGUUUGGAAAACAAUGACGAUGGUAACAUUUCAUUUGCGCUUUCUAAGCCGCAUCCCCGACGCGAGGCCAGCAGUGCUAUUCCCAGUGCACCACGGACCUGCGUCCCGAGGGCUCGGGGGUCACUGUCUGUGGGCGUAAGGGGGGCUUCACUCACUGUUAUGUUUCUUUCUCAGCUUUGUGCCUGGAGAGCGUUCGGGGGAGGUAGAGGAGGAGGGUCGGCCCAGCUCCUGCGACGUCGUGUCACCCACAGUACGCAGUGACUUGUGGGAGGACAGACGCCGUAGCGUCCAUUAAAGUCGUUGGAACCAAAGUGGCGGCUGCAUCUUUGUCCCAGGGCCUGCCGGGGCCAGGUCUUCCCAUCACGCCCUCUCCCUCCUCCCCGGCCGCACCGCCAGUCUUCCUGGAGAUCUCGGGGCGACUCGCCGUGCUCCGCAGCCUCCGCUCCUGGUGCUGCUUUGACGAGAAGAUGGGACAGUCCCUGGUGCACGUCGGGGCGGAGGAGCGUUCGGUGAUUCUUGUAAUGAGGCACUUUAUCAAGACCUGGCUUGUCGCCGGGUGACUCUAGUCUCUAAAAGCAGAAAAUGUUUCGGAGCCUUGGCCGUGGGAGCAGAGUGGCCGUGUGCCGGCGCCGCGGGGUCUGCACGCUGCUCAUCGCUCCGCUCUGGGCUCGGGCCGCCGUGCUCGACCGACCGUCCUUAGCAAUACGCUCCUAAAUGUGGGGAACCGGAUGACACUUUUAAGACAAUGACCAUUAUCAAAACGAAAUGUAUAAUUUCUGAAUUCGAGUAACAAAUUAUGUCUUUAA